ACUAAGCGGGCAAAUUGAAAUGAUCAAGAACCACCAACAUGGCUGCUCGUAAACAAUACGACUCGAUCGCCGCUGAUCAGAUGGACUCGGAUGAAACAGAAGAAGAUGAGGAUGUAUUCUUCAAGGAUCCUCGCAGAAAUUUGUUAACAGAUUUCUCCAAAACUAGCUGUAAUGACACAAAUCUGAAUGUUGGAGAGGAGCAUAUGAAAGUUUAUUUACGAAUUCGACCCCUCUCAGAAGAUGAACAAAAUAGACAGGAAAACAAGAGCUGUGUGCAGUUAGAGGAUGACAACCAUGUUGUGACUCGUGCCCCUAAAGAUUCUCACACUUAUAAAAACUGUGCCCAUGGCCUUGGUAAAACCACCCACAAGUUCACUUUCUCCAAAAUCUUUUCUGAGGUGACUAGUCAGAAGGAUUUGUUUGAUCAAACCAUGCUUGGCCUUGUCAAAGACUUUAUCAGUGGUCAAAAUUGUCUAGUCUUCACAUACGGGGUCACCAGCUCUGGAAAAACUUACACUAUUCAAGGUAAGCCAAGUGAUGCAGGUGUCCUUCCCAGAGCACUCGACGUCCUGUUUAACAGCAUCAACGGCAAACAGAUGGAAGGCAUGAAACUCAAGCCCAACAUGUUUACAGAUGUGAUGAAACUCUCCAGUGUCGAUGUGGAGGCUGAGAAAAAGUUCAAGGAGAAGACCCUCAAAAUGAUAACUGAUGAUGAGCCGGAUGUGAUGAGCUUAUUGGGAGAAGAUGCUACGGAUAUUUCAUAUAUGACAAAUACAACAACAUGUUCGGAGAGUUCUAAUGUGUCUUAUGCAAACUCGGACAGACAGAAAGCCUCAUUGGAGCCUGAUGACCUGCUGAGCGAGAUUGAGGACAGAGUGCGGGAGGAGACCGCGGUCAGUGUGGAGGACCAAGGUAGCAUCAGGUUCUCCAUCUGGGUCUCAUUCGCAGAAAUCUACAAUGAACAGAUAUUCGACCUCCUGGUGCCCAUCCCAAAAAAGAAGAAUGUACGAAGACCCAUCCUAAAACUAAGUGACGACAAGAAAGGCAGUCCUUACAUCAAGGGGUUAAAGGAGAUCCAUGUGACAUCUGCUGACGAGGCAUACAAAUUAUUGACCAUUGGUAAACAAAACCUGAGUACAGCGUGUACCAAACUCAACCAUCAGUCGUCACGAAGUCACUGUAUCUUCAACAUCAAGAUUGUACGUGUGAUGGAUGUGGACGACCCACAUAUUGCAAGAGUCAGCAUGUUAUCCCUCUGUGAUUUGGCUGGCUCAGAGCGAUAUUCUAAAACACAAGGUAAUGGGGAGCGUUUAAAAGAGGCUGGUAAUAUUAACACAUCCCUGAUGACCCUGGGACGGUGUAUCGAAAUGUUACGCUACAACCAGCACCACAAAGAGAAGCCAAAGAUUAUCCCGUUCAGGGAUAGCAAGCUGACACGACUGUUUCAGAACUUUUUUUCUGGUCGGGGAAAGGCAGCCAUGAUUGUGAAUGUGAACCAGUGUGCAAGCAUGUUUGAUGAAACACUUCAUGUGUUCAAGUUCUCCGCCAUAGCUAAACAGGUGGUUGUUGCACAGAAGCCUGACCCUCCACCACGGCCGAGGUUACUGACUUUAGCUGUACCUCCUCCCAUUGAGUCAUUCAGAGCUCCCUCCAUUGCCUGGGCAACACCUGGCCAGCUCCACACAGCAGAGAUACUGCCCCUGCCUGAGGACAACGAUGAUAACUUGGAGGACACAGAUGAAGUAGCAGAGCUGGUGCAGGUGAUUGAGGAGAUGGAGAAGGAGAUUCGUGGACUACGAAAGGAAAAGCUACACCAAGAAGGCCGUAUCCGUGAGGAGGUGUGCCAGGAAAUGAUGAAACAGUUUGUUGCCAUUGAAAAUGAGUGCAGGGAGCGGAUCCGCUGGACAGAAGAGCUAGCGGAGGAGACAAUGGAGAAGAGGAUCAAAGUCUUCACAGAUGCUUAUAAAGAUCAGAAGAAGUCUGUCAGGAAAGGCAAGCAAAGUCAGCGCAUGGAGGAUGAGGAUGACGAGUGGGUGUCAAGUAUCCUCCUCCAUCGAGAGAAGGUCAAAGUUGAGGAGAAAGAAAAAGAAAUCGCUAGACUUCAGGAGCAGGUUAAGGAGUUGGAACAGCAGGAGUCUGAGGGGGGAUCUAAGGAGGAUCAGACGUCACUGGUUGAGGCAAUGUCACAACAGCUUAAGGAGCUGCGUGAGUCUGUCUCAGAAAAGGAUGAGGAGAUUGAAAAGCUGAAUGAAAUGCUAGAGGAAGCAGGGGAGACAUUUUCUGAAAAGGAGGCUGAACUUUCACGUUUACAUGACCUUAUUUCAGGUCAUGAGGUCAAGGUCAAGGAACAGGGAAGGACAAUCGCUGAGUUGGAGGAAGCACUGAGAGAGAGUCAACUCGCUCUAAACACAGCAGACAAACGUCUGACACAGCAAGAGGGAGAUGCCACCACCCAAAAUGAGACAAAAGUCAAAUUACAAGAAGAGCUGACCACUGUCCAAGGCUGUGUCAGAUUUCUGGAGCAGACAGUUAAACAGAAAGAAGAGGAGGUACGUGUGUGGAAGUCCAGAUGUCAGCGAGCUGAGGAGGACAGCAGUAAGCAAGAGCAGGCGCUGAUCAAUGGCUACAAGGCUGAGAUCUCCACACUCAAGCAACAGAUUUCACAGCUGAAAGCCAACUCAAGUUCAUCACACGGUGAUUCCUCUCCCAGGAAAAAAGGAUCAGAGGAAGAUAAGUUCUACCAAAACCUGUGUGUCCAGUUGAAGGAACUACAGGCAGAACUAGACAAAAACUCAUCUGCCACUCUGGAGCUACAGCAGGCACUCGAGACAGCAAGGGAAGUGAGUGAGGACCUCGACCAACAGUUGACCCGGGAGAGGGACGCCCACACAGAGACCAGGAACCAGCUAUCUCAACUCACAGAAGAGAACGAGGAACUCCAACAACUCAAGGUCAAGGUCGCACAGCUGGAGAACAGCUUCGAGGACCGGGAACAAAACCUGGCUUGUAAGGUGGAACAAAACUUGAAAGCCGAGGGAUUGAUAGCAGGGCUUGAGGAGGAACUUCGGACACUGAAAUCAGUGGAUUACCCAUCUCAGGUGGUUAGUCUGGAGAAGGAGGUGGCAACACUCCGAAAAACACUGGAAGUCAAGGAGGAAAAGUUGGACAGUCUUACAGAAAAAGUGGAGGAGUUAGAGAUAGUUAACACUGGUUUGCGUGACAUGGUAAACCAGACAACUGCUGACCUUCAGGCCAAGGACCAUAUAGUUACAGAGCUGACUGCCAAGGUCAAGGUGGGGGAGGAUAUGAAGCAGAGUGCCCUGUCUCCAAGUAGCCCACUGUCAAGUCUUCAGCGUAGAAUGAGGGAAAUCCAUCGUGAGUCUGAGGCCACCAAAACUGAGUUCACAACAACCCUUAAAGAGCACAGGGAACUACAGGGGGAGUUUGCCAUAGCAAAGGAAUCCAUUAAGGAGAAACAGGAGAAAAUCAGACAGCUGACUUCCCAUGUGAAGGACCUUGAAUUCCAACUAGAUGAGGGCCAGAUGGAUCGGUCACAAAUGAUGGAGGGUCAGAGAGUUGCUGAGGAAAAGGCUGAUCAGCUACAAACUAAAGUAGAGGAGUUGGAGAAAUGUAUUGAUGAUCGCAAUACACAACUGACCAAGCUCAGUAAGGGAAAGGAUCAACUGGCAGAAGGGAAACAAGACGAGAUAGAGAGACAGACAAACGAAGGUGAAGGAAGGAGAGAGGAAUUGGAACAAGCCAAAGAUCUGGAUGAAAAAUCACACAUAUCAGAGGAACUACAAUAUGUCAAGGAUGAAUUGAAACAGAUUUCAAAGAAAAGCAGCAAAGGCAGUAAGAAAGUCAUCGAGAGGCUGGAAAAUCUGUGUGAACAGCUUGGUCAGUUUAUGGAGGCCAAGGAGGCUGAAGUAGAGAGACUCAUGACGAAGUUGUCAACCAUCCAGUCAUCGGCAGACACUGGAGUUGUUGUCAAGUCCAACCAGAUUGACAGUCUCCAGGCAGAACUUAGCAGUGUACGGUCCGAGAUGACUACAAUGAGAGAAACACUGGAGAAAAAGAUAGCUGACCGGGACCAUGCUAUCAAAGAUCUCAACGACCUGUACGAACAGAACCAGAAAGAGUUUGAUGAGAAAGACUUCAAAAUGAAAACUCUGAGAAUAGAAGUGGAGAAAGCAUCCGCCGGGGAAAGUAAAAAGGUAGCCACUCAGAGACUGACACAACUUCAGGACGAAUUGGAGGUCAAAACACAGAGACUUGCUGAAUUGGAAGCAGUGGGAGAGAAAAAUGAACAAAUUGAGAAUGAGUUAGCUAACCUAAGACAGAGAUUUGGUGAAUUAGAAAAUGUGAAUGAGAAAAAAGAACAACUUGAGAAGGAGUUAGAUGGUAUUAAACAGAGGUUUAAGGAAUUGGAAAAUGUGCAUGAGAAAAACGAACGACUGGAAAAUGAGAUAGAGAGCAAAACACAAAGACUUUCUGAAUUGGAAAGACUGGAGGAGAGAAAGGAACAACUUGAGGAUGAGUUAGCUGGCCUUAGAAAGAGACUUAAUGAAUUAGAAAAUGUGAAUGAGAAAAACAAACAACUUGAAAGCGAGUUAGAGAGCAAAACAGAAAGACUUUCUGCAUUUGAAACGGUGGAGGAGAAAAAGGGACAACUUGAGAAUGAGUUAGUAAGUCUAAGAGAGAGACUAAGUGAAUUGGAAAAUGUGCAACAGAAAAAUGAUGAACUUCAAAAGGAAUUAGAGGACAAAAAGCAGAGACUUUGUGAAUUGGAAAUUGUAGAAGGGAAAAUGGAAGAACUCAAAAAGAAAUUAAAUUGUAAAGAAAAGAAAAUGAGUGAACUUGAACUUUUCAGAGAAAAAGAUGAAAAGGAAUUAGACAAUCAGACAAAACAAAUUAAUGAACUUUCAGAGCAAGUUGAGUUGAUGGAAUCCAAGAUAAAGAAUUUGAUGACUGAAAAGUUGGAUAAAGAGAAGAAAGCAGAGACUUUGGAGGAUAAUUUACAUAGUAAAGAUAAUGAGUUAGAAGAGCUGAGAAAAGUUUUAACAGAUCUCCAAGAUGAGACUAAAAUGUCUAGUGAUGGCAUGAGCUCGGAGCUCUCCAAAGUCAAAAUGGAGCUGGCCGAGGUCAAGUCGGCCCUACACAUGACUCAGACACUGCACCAGAGGGCCAAGAAAGAGCUGUUGGAAAAGUCAAAAUAUGUCCAGGAACUAGAGGAGAGAUCAAAGGUCACAUGUAAAGAGGAAGAGACUAAGAAGGCAGAAAUAGAAAAGGAAAUGGCAACAGUUAAAGCAAAGCUUGUUGAAUUUGAGUCCUUAAAACAUGAUCUGGAGUCGCGUAACCAGACUGUACAAUGUCUGAAAAACGAACUUGAAGCAGCCACAACCAAAGUUACUGAACUGACAUCACAGAAUGCCGAGAAGGAGGCACUGGUCAAAGAGGUGGAGGUCAAAGUCACCCAGCAAGGCGAACAAAGUAAGGUCCAGCUUCAGCAGGAGGAGGAGAAAUUGACCGCCCUGGUGAAGGCGUGUGAGGAGAAAUCCAACAUCAUUGACGCACAGGCAGCCAAAAUAAAGGACCUAGCAGGGGAUAAGUGUAAUUUAGACAUGCUUGUGGUUGAGGUCGGACAGAAAACAAAGAAAAUUGAGGAAUUGACAAAUACUGUCAAUCAGCUCGAGACGAAAUUACAUGAUAGGGAGGCAGGUCGGUUAGCAGGCAGUCCUCACAAGGAUAAACAGGAUUUUACCAGACAGAUGGAAGACUUGCAGAAUGCCCUUGAAAGAGAGAAGGUGAAAAGUGAGGAAUAUCACAAGCUGUCUGACGAGAUGCGCAUGAAGGCGUGUCUAAGUCCAGGCAGUGAGAGCGGUAGUGUUAGGAGGCUACGUAAGGACAAGAUUGAUGCUGAUAAUGCACUACUGGAGGCCAAAUGUAAAAUCUCAUCCUUGGAACGGCGACUUGCUGACUUCAAUACACAAACCAGUCCAAGAAAGUACAAGGCUGACGAGUCAGAGAAGUUGAAGUCGGAACUUCGCGAGAGUCAUCAUAAAAUAGAGGCUCUGGAGGGACAAGUGAGGCAACAGGAGCGGAUAUUCUCCUCCCCACGACAGCGAGAGGGUCUCCAGCGUGGCUCUGUCACUAGUCCUACAGUACACAGGGAGCUUAACAGGAGCCAAGAACGCGAACAGACACUGAGACGACAGCUGCAGCAGGCCAGCACUAGUCUCCAGGAACUGGGUCACAAAGUCAGCGACCUUGAGGACCAACUCUCACACAAGGUGAAGGCCAUACAGGAUGCAGAGGACACCAUUCAGGCUUUAAAGAAUCCUGCGUCCCGCAGUGGUCGUCCAAGCACAGUAGCUGAGGUGGGUCGACUGGAGGCAGAGCUUAAACAAAGGUGGGGCCAGAUACAGGAGCUCCAAUCUGACCUUAUCCGUCGCGACGAGAAACUUGCUGCUAAGUCCCAGGCCCUGAAGGAUUUUAAGAUUUCCAUGGAGAGAGAACAAAAUGACUUUGAGGCUGCUCUCAGAGAUGCCAAGGCUAACGAGGCUUUGAUAGAGAUGUUGAAGAAUGCCAUCACUGAGCAGGAGGAGACAAUGGAGAAACAGGAUUCCUACCUCCACAGGAAGGAAGAGGAGAUUAGAAACCUCGGUCAGGAACUUGAAAAGUACACUGACAAGUACCGCCAGGUACUGGAAACAAGUGGUGAUUCAGGCCGCAGAAUGAUGGAACUGACUCGAGAGAAUGCCCGACAGGUCACUGAGCAUGUGCAACAGCUAAAGGAGCUGGAGGAGAAAGUGUGCCGACAGAACCAGACACUUGGGGAACAGGAGACAGUCAUACACAAACUGAAAGAGGAAAAAAACAAACUAAGUCUUGUUCUGAAGGAAAACAACACAGAGCUCAAGGACCUGGAGAAAGUGCUGUCAGGAAGUCGUACAGAAACAGAAAGUUUGAGAGAAAGACUUAAUUCUAACACAGAGGGCAAGUCUGAAGCCACUGAAAAGGCAGAACAAGAAGCAGCCAUGCUACAGGUCAAGUUCAGGGAGAAGGAGCAUGCAUUGCGAGAUUGUCAGCGGUCACUACGACGACUGGAGGAGGAUCUUAACAAAGCACAACAACGAGCCAAUCACAGCGAGGCAGAUCUGGCGCAGGUUAAACAGGGAUUGGAAGAAAAGGAGAGUCAGCUAAAGACCUGGAGGACAGAGAGGGACAACCUCGUAUCAGGGCUGGAAGGUAUCAUGAAAAAACAACAGAAAGAAAUUCAUGACCUCAAAGAUAAGGUCAAGGCAAGUCAAAGGGGUCAUCCCCUUGAUGAUAGCAUGGUGUCACCAGUAAAGUCAAGUCACGUUAGUCAUCACCGAGACAAUAGAGACAUGUCACCGGUAAAGUCUAGUCACAAGAGUCACUGUGAAAGUACUUUGUCAUCAGCCAGGUCAAGUCACAAUAAUCAUCACCACAGUGAUAGAACUUUAUCACCUGUCAAGUCAGGUCACAGGGGACCUCACCAAGGCAGUGUCGCUCUGUCACCAGUGACUGUGAAGGAGGAAGCUCCUUCUGGUGACAGCAGCAGUAGCGAUGACAGAUUAAAGUCACCUCACCCGGGGACAGACACGACCCAGCGUCACCGGUCACAUAGACAAGGCACACACAAGAUGUCUACAGAGCAGUGUCCUCUGACAAAGACCCCUGUCACAGAGGCAAGCAGGAGCCACAGGAGCUCCAGUAGACGUAGUCGUAAGAGGAGAUCAGCCAGCGAGUCAGCACUUGAGCUGCCAGCCAAGAGAAGAGACAACUGUGAUGCCACAUUUGCCUCGGAGGACAGCAGUAUUUCUGAGCAUGUUCAAAUUGAUGCCACACCUCCAGUGGCGGCACGCAACCUCAGAAAAAGUCGCAAAAAACAAGGCAACACAGAAUCGGAGGGUAAGGAGAAUACAGGGCCGUCGUCACGCCGGACAAGAAGGGGCACAAAAGGUACGGACGAACCAAGUCUUGGACGUAUUGGCUCCAUUGUAUCUGCUAUCAAAAACUCAUCUCUAACACGUACAGCUAAGAAAUUAUUAGAUGAGAUUUCUGAGUCGCCAGUCCAGUCAUCACGAGACUCCGAGGCAGUAACCAAUGUCCACUCCACACCAGACAGCCACUAUGUAGAGGUAGAGGAUCAGGGCACACAGAUGUCGGGAGGAAUGAGGGAGGAGCAGCGUACCAAACGCUCACGGAAACGCCACCAACUAUACAGUGAAAAUAUACAAAUAUCAGAGCCACUCGAGGGGGGACUAUUUGUGCCCUCUACUCCCAACAAUGAUGUUCAUGGCAUUGUUUUGAGGAAGCUGAGGACACGGAAACACUGAACACAACACAGAUGUCAAGUGUUUAAUGGAGAUACUGAAAAACAUCAUAUUUACCAGCGCUAUCUGAUAUAUCAAACUUUGGUGACCAUUUUCAAGGCUCACUCAUCAUGAUUUGGAAACAACAGUUACCUAUAACAAGCAGGAAUAGUGUUUUUAUAUUUUAUGGCUGUAAUUAUUUAGGGUUAUUGAAUGAUAGUAUAAAAAUGGCUGAAUUAUUACAUGUAUUACCGCUAAAAUAAGUAUUCAUAUUAUCAUGUCAACACAAGCCUUCUGUGUGUUCAUCAAACCAAACAUUGGUGCUAAAGUGAGUUUUACUGAGUACUAGUCUGUACUAGACGGAAAACACUGUAUUGAUGAGGUUUGUGUGACCUAUAAUAUACAAUACUAUUGGCUAACUUUAUUUAUUGCGAUGGGAAAACCCCAUUAUCUAUGAUAUUAUAUGUAUGUAAGGCAGUAGUGUGGACCUACAUACUGUGUUGAUAUAAGUCAGUCAGGUAACUUUGUGGUUGUUAGUUUUUUCACAGAAGUCUAAAAUGCUGUCAAAAUAAGGGGUUAACUUUUUUUUUAUUAUUUGUUUUUGACAAAGUUUCAGACUCCUGUGGGUUUUUUGGGAGACAACUUUACAAGGGAGUUAACUAUGCCGUUGUAAGAAUGUAUGUAACUAAGCUGAUCUUAUGAAUUAAAAUUUCGAAUAUAUCAUAUAUAGAAAGCAGGGUUCAAAGUUCAAAUGUGUAUGUGGAUGUUUUUUUCUGAGAGUGAGUUUUAAUGUUUCCCUUUUAAAACAUCCAUCAUGAAAUUGUUGUCAUAUUUCUAAAUACUUCAACACCAUAUUAUGAAUUUUCUCUCUAUAUUUUUCCUCUACUUUUUCUCUUUCAUUCAUUGUUACUCAACAUUUUCUUUCUUUUCUCUCUUUCCUUGUGUUACUUAGUCCCUGUCCCUCUCUCAUUCCUUGUGUUACUCAGCAACUUUCCCUUCCUUUUUCUAUUACUGAAGUUUUUCUGUGAAAUGUGAGGAAAAAUAAAAAGCAAAAUUUUGUAAGCAAAGUCAUUAGACUAAUUUAUGCACAUGUUUUAGUCAAAAUGCAUGUUAUGUUAAUUAUAAUUAUUCAAAAUGUUUUUUUCGUAACAAUCAUGAAACUAAGACAAGCCGUCAUCAUAAAUUUUAGAUCAAUUGUUCACCCGUUAUCUUUAGUCCCGCUUUGAAAGUAUUAUUUGCCAUGUUUGUAAACAGUUCAUAGAGCUUAUAAUUCAGCUCUCAGAUGGGCAUUAUAACAAAUCCUUUUCAUUUAACUUCGACAAUUUUUAGAAGUUAUUCUUUUUUUUCCUUUUCAAAGGUUAUUUUUACCCAUCAUUAGAUAAUUUGCAGAGUAUACCAAACUGAAAUUGGUUAAUUUUAAUGUUCAACCAAUUGGUAAAAUACUACAUUGUAGAUCACUGAUAUUAUACAUGUGAUGUAUGUUACAUUACACAUUCUGCAUGUCGAUUGGACCACGCUCGGAAAAGGCUGAUCUAGCAGUGUGUUUUAAGUUAUCUCCCUUAAUUCUAAUUCAAAA